GCGUCUUCUCUUACCUUUUUGUGUGGAAGCCUUAUUAGUCCUCUCUCAGAUUACCAGCGGCUAUUGGGGAAACUACGUGAUAUCUAAUCGUUUAAGUUUAAAGCAAGUGCGAUGAAGUCGUGUAGAAAUCGAACGAUGUGUGUGCUGUUCAGUUUGGUGUUGUUAGCGUCAUCUGAAGCCUUCUUCUUAAAGUGGGGCUCCGAUUCAACACCGCAGUCAUCUCAGAAAACUUGGGUACAACCGCUCGGACCGAACAUGACGCCAGUGCAGUACCGAUACCAGUACUCGUACCCGUAUGAAUCCCGUAAAGUGUACCAAGUACAAGGACAACAGUACCAACAGCCUGAGAUAUCGGUACAGCAGAGCAUGGCUCCGAUACCGAUUAGCGUACCAGCAGGUGCCAGUUUGACUCCUGUGUCCCUGCAACAUGUACAAUUAGUACCCUGCAUGUGUCCCGUGGCUCCUGAAGAGGCUGAGAAGCUCCAAGAACAAGUUGGUCCCGGACCAUACUUAGCGCAAUCGUAUUCCCAAAACUCUUAUCCUCCCCCGCAACAGAUGACCUCAAGUGAGACAAAAACUACUUCAAAACAGUGAUUUUUCAUUGUUAUUUUA